AUGACAUCAUAAAACGCCACAGGAAAGAGCAGGCAGAUGCCAGCACCAUGGGGGACAGGCGAAGGCAGCAGGUCAAGAACAGGAAUUCGGCGUAUGGGUACGGGCGGCCCCGUUUCCGCACCUGGAUGCAGAGGAAUUUGCAAGGACCUAACCGUUUUAGAAGAGGGUUUGGACAACAACAGUACAAUCGGAGACAAUUCAGGAAUAUGGUGCCUGGUCCCAGGAGAAGAGCAGCUGCCGCAUUAAAUGGAGUGAGCCCUUUAAAUCGCCAGGCAUCAUCUCAAGAGGGCAACAAGAACAACGAGGCUUUCACCAAAAGCAGCAACAGCAGGCAGCUGGAGGGACGGCAACAGCCACCCCCAGGCCCCAAGAAAUUCCGAGCAGCUGCUACCAGCACCCAUGCCCCAGGGAGAAGGCCUUUCCUGCUAAACAGGGGACCAGCCUUCCAGCAGAAGCGGAUGAUGCAGCAGUGGUUCUCCAAAGCCAACUUUCAGAGAGGGCAGAUGGAUGCUAAUGGAGAAGGGAAACCACCAAGGAUGAGAAGGUGGCAAGUGAAACCCAGCCCCGGAGCAGUUCUGACAGUUUCUGUGGCUAAUCCCCAGGCAGGCCAGACUGGCAUGCCCGGAUCCAAGCGCCCGUUCCUGCGAAGCCAGAGGCCCCCACCACGGUCCACCAAGCCCCAGCCCAAGGGGGUGCUGCUGAGAUUCAAUUUCCGUGCGAUGGCCAACCAGACCAGCCUGACGCUGGAUGAGAGGUUCUCUGGUCUGAGGAAUAAGAGGCGCUUUUCAGCAGCCAGGAGCGCCGGCCGGACAGUCACCAUGCCUUAG